AGACUGCAGGCAGCAGAGAGAGGCAGUCAAAUCAAGGGACCGAACCUUCCCUGGAGAAUCAGGGAGCUCUUUCAGCUAGUAAACUGUUAUUAGAAAGGCUACACAAUGUCCGAUUUUGACAGCAACCCAUUCGCAGACCCGGACUUCAGCAACCCCUUUCAGGAUCCUUCGGUGACGCAGGUGACCCGGUCUGCCCCUCCUGGUGGUCUGGAGGAGUAUAACCCCUUCACAGACGCCAGAACGGCAGCCCCCGGAAAUGCCCCCAAAUCUACUCCUGCCCCUUCCCAGAACACACAACCUGCCAUCAUGAAGCCCACAGAAGAGCCGCCGGCUUAUUCACAGCAACAGACUCAGGACCAAGCACGUGCUCAGGCUGAGUUGUUGAGAAGGCAGGAGGAGUUGGAGAAGAAAGCAGCAGAGCUUGAUCGUCGGGAGAGAGAGUUACAGUCCCACGGAGCCGCGGGAGGGCGUAAGAACAACUGGCCUCCACUGCCAGAGAAGUUCCCCGUUGGCCCUUGUUUCUACCAUGACAUUGCAGUGGACAUUCCUGUAGAGUUCCAGAAGACGGUCAAGAUCAUGUACAACCUUUGGAUGUUUCAUGCAGGCACGCUCUUUGUGAACAUGUUUGGCUGCCUGGCCUGGUUCUGUGUGGAUGCAACUCGUGGUGUAGAUUUUGGCCUGGCCAUGCUAUGGUUUCUGCUGUUCACCCCCUGUUCUUUUGUCUGCUGGUACAGACCGCUCUACGGGGCUUUCAGGAGUGACAGUUCAUUCCGCUUCUUUGUCUUCUUCUUCGUCUAUAUCUGUCAGUUCGGAGUUCAUGUUCUACAAACUAUUGGCAUCACUGGUUGGGGAACGUGUGGCUGGAUCGCAGCUUUAACUGGCCUGAACACCAGUAUCCCAGUGGGCAUCAUCAUGUUACUGAUUGCAGCUCUGUUCACUGCGCUGUCCGUGGGCUCGCUCAUUAUGUUUAAAAAGGUGCACGCGCUCUAUCGUACCACCGGUGCUAGUUUUGAGAAGGCUCAGCAGGAGUUUGCAACCGGAGUCAUGUCCAACAAGACCGUUCAGACUGCGGCCGCCAACGCUGCAGCUAAUGCUGCGUCCAAUGCUGCUCGUGGGGCCUUCAAAGCUCAUCCAUAAACUGACACACACACACACACACAUGCGUAUGGUACAUGCACACAUGUUCAAA